AUGGGGGCCCAAUUUAGGACUCUCGAACGUGAGCAGAGGUUCAAGAACCCUCCCAAAGAUAAAUCGGCCUUCCCACUUCUAGCGGACGCCGUGGCGCCUCACAUCGGCUCCUUCAAUGCCCUCACCGAAGGGCCUGGAGGAGGCCUUCUCAACUUAGGUGUCAAGGAUAUUGGCACCAAGACGAUAUUUGAUUCGACGGAUGAAUUGAGACUAGGCAACAAGCUUGAAAUCAGAGUGGACUCUGUCCAGUUGGCUAAACCUGCGGUGCCUCCCACAGAUAAGCUUUCAGUAAAUCGAAAGACUUUCCCCUCAGAGUGCAGAGAGAGAAUGACCACCUACAGAGGUAAGUUGAUGUUGAAGGUAACGUGGCUGGUGAAUGGAGGAGAGGAGGUCUCCGAAAUCCGUGAUGCUGGUCAGGUGCCUAUUAUGCUCAAUACCAACAGAUGUCAUUUGGAAAGAUUGUCUCCAAACGAGCUAGUCGCUGCCAAAGAGGAAAGUGACGAGUUGGGAGGUUACUUCAUUGUGAAUGGUAUCGAAAAAUUGAUUCGUAUGUUGAUUGUCCAAAGAAGAAACCAUCCCAUGGCUCUUAUUCGUCCUUCGUUCGGUAACAGAGGUGCAUCUUACACGAAGUUCGGAUGUCAGAUUAGAUGUGUUCGGCCGGACCAGACUUCCCAGACCAAUGUUUUACACUAUUUGAAAGAUGGAAAUGUCACCUUCAGAUUCUCGUGGCGUAAGAACGAGUACUUGGUGCCAGUAGUGAUGAUCUUGAAGGCAUUGAUGGAGACCAACGACAGAGAAAUUUUCGACGGAAUUGUUGCUUCCGAUACUUCCAACUCCUUCUUGACUGAUCGUCUCGAACUUUUGCUUAGAACCUACAAAACCUACGACCUUUACUCGCAAAAGGAGACCUUGGCAUACUUGGGUGAUAAGUUCAGAAUCGUUCUCGAUGCUCCCGCAGACAUGUCAGACAUAGACGUCGGAAAGGAGCUCAUCAAGAAGAUUGUUCUCGUUCACUUGCCUAAAAAUGCAGACAAGUUCCGCAUGUUAUUGUUCAUGAUCCGUAAGUUAUACACCUUGGUUGCCGGCGAUUGCUGUCCUGACAAUCCAGAUGCUACUCAGCAUCAAGAGGUCUUGUUGGGUGGGUUCCUUUACGGGAUGAUUAUUAAAGAGAAGAUCGAAGAGUACUUACAGAACAUCAAAGUUCAGAUCACUUCGGACAUCAACAGAGGAAACAGAGUGAAUUUCAAUGACAGAAAGUACAUGUCCCGUGUCUUCAUGAGAGUAAAUGAGAAUGUGGGUCAAAAAUUGCAAUAUUUCCUCUCUACCGGUAAUCUUGUUUCUCAGUCGGGCUUGGACUUGCAGCAAGUGUCUGGUUAUACUGUUGUUGCUGAAAAGAUUAACUUCCACAGAUUCAUCUCCCAUUUUAGAAUGGUUCAUAGAGGUUCCUUUUUUGCGGAGUUGAAGACAACAACUGUCAGGAAGUUGUUACCAGAAUCUUGGGGUUUCUUAUGUCCUGUGCACACACCCGAUGGUUCUCCAUGUGGUUUAUUGAAUCACUUAGCUCACAAAUGUAAGAUUUCAACAGAAGAUUCCGACGUUUCUCAAAUACCUAUUGCGUUGGCUAAGUUGGGUGUCUCGCCCGCUCAUACUUUCGCCGCGGGGCCCAAGAUGUGCUGUGUUCAAUUGGACGGUCGUAUUGUCGGCUGGACUACUCACGAGCAGGGUAAGAUCGUGGCUGAAUCCUUGAGGUACUGGAAAGUCAAUGGUCAAAAGGGUUUACCUCUCGAUUUGGAAAUUGGUUACGUUCCUCCGUCUUCCAAGGGUCAGUAUCCUGGUUUGUUUAUUUUCAGCGGCCGCUCCAGAAUGAUGAGACCAACGAAGUAUUUGCCAUUGGAAAAGGAAGAUAUCUUGGGCCCAUUCGAGCAAGUUUACAUGAAUAUUGCUGUCACCCCGCAAGAGAUUGAGCCUAAAAUCCAUACACACGUUGAGUGGGCUCCAACCAACAUUUUGUCUAUUUUGGCUAAUUUGACUCCAUUUUCUGACUUUAACCAGUCGCCUAGAAACAUGUAUCAGUGUCAGAUGGGUAAGCAAACCAUGGGUACGCCGGGUACCGCAUUGGUUCACAGAUCAGACAACAAGCUCUAUAGACUACAAACUGGUCAGACACCUAUUGUGAAAGCAAAUCUAUACGAUGAUUACGGUAUGGACAACUUUCCCAACGGUAUGAACGCAGUUGUUGCUGUCAUUUCUUACACUGGUUAUGAUAUGGAUGAUGCUAUGAUUAUCAAUAAGUCUGCUGAUGAAAGAGGCUUUGGCUACGGUACAGUCUACAAGGUUGAGAAGGUCGAUCUUUCUACAUCCCGUAAGAGAGGUGACCCGAUCAUUCAGCACUUAGGUUUCGGCGAUGAUGACUAUCCAGAGGCAUGGAAAGAAAAGUUGGAUGACGAUGGAUUGCCAAUCAUUGGUGUUCACGUUGAAGAGGGCGACCCAAUCUGUGCAUACUAUGAUGACACUAUAGGCAAAACUAGGGUUAAGACGUACCAUUCGAGUGAGCCUGCUUAUAUCGAAGAGGUCAAACUCUUGGCUGACGAAACAGGGGACUCAGAAUGUCAACAGCUCACCAUCAAAUUUAGAGUUACUAGAGCACCAUUGAUAGGAGAUAAGUUCUCUUCGAGACACGGUCAAAAAGGUGUUUGUUCUAGAAAAUGGCCACAGAUUGAUAUGCCUUUCUCCGAGAGUGGAAUCCAGCCUGAUGUUAUCAUUAAUCCUCACGCUUUCCCAUCUCGUAUGACCAUCGGUAUGUUUGUCGAGUCUCUUGCCGGUAAAGCUGGUGCCAUGCACGGUAUUGCUCAAGACUCUACUCCAUGGACAUUCAGUGAAAGUGAUACCCCCGCUGACUACUUUGGAGAACAGUUGAGGAAGGCUGGCUACAAUUACCACGGUAACGAACCGAUGUAUUCUGGUGUUACCGGUGAAGAACUUCGUUGCGACAUUUACAUCGGAGUCGUCUACUAUCAGAGAUUGAGACAUAUGGUCAACGACAAGUUCCAGGUGAGAUCAACCGGACCUGUCAACUCUUUGACUAUGCAGCCCGUCAAGGGUCGUAAGAGAAACGGUGGUAUCCGUGUGGGUGAGAUGGAAAGGGAUGCCUUGAUUGGUCAUGGUACAUCCUACUUACUUCAGGACAGAUUGUUGAAUUGUUCUGAUUAUACUCAAACACCAAUUUGUCGUACAUGUGGCUCUUUGCUAAAUACCCAGAUGUCUGUCCCACGCAUUGGAACUUUUGCGUCUAUUAGAUGCCGUGGAUGUGCUGAGAAAUUCGAGACUUACGCCAAAAGCGGACAGCAAGUAAAUGAAGCUGAUAUUUGGGAGGACGGACUGGGUACUAAGUUUGUGGGCGGCGACAAUACAACGACUGUUGCCAUUCCGUUCGUUUUGAAAUAUUUGGACUCGGAGUUAGCCGCUAUGGGUAUCAAGAUGAGGUACAAUGUUGAACCUCAAUAA